CAUCCAGUCGGCUCCGGUCUAGAGCCGUUCACCUGGUUUCUUCCACUCGCAUCGGACACUUACUUCUUCGCCGUUUGUUGUUCAGUUGACCACGCGAGAAACGCGUAACGGGUCUUUUCUUAGCGCACGAAAUGUGGGCUACGGACACAGCAGAAAACCGUGUUAAACUCUCCUAAACCCGUCAACCCAGAUCAAAGAGGCGAGAGCAUCAGCGACAAGUGAUAACAAAAAUAUGAGGCUUUAAGUUUUUUUUUCUUAUUAAACACCAGUGAUAGAUACAUGAAGGAACUUUUAGUUUUUAAACGAUAGUGAUUCGACAUCUUUGAACAAAUUUGUGCAGAGAUGUUGCCGGUUUAUUUAUUGUUGGCCUUUCUGGCUGUACGAAGUAUUGAUGGACAUGGCAGACUAAUCGAACCACCAAGUAGGGCUUCCGCCUGGCGGUACGGCUUCAAUACACCGCACAACUUCAAUGACCACGAGCUUUAUUGUGGCGGUUUUACGCGACAGUGGGUCAAGAAUGAGGGCAAGUGCGGAGUCUGUGGAGAUCCAUGGGAUUCUAAGAUUCCAAGAGCUCAUGAAUAUGGAGGAGCCUACGGCCAGGGUGUAAUAGUAAGACAAUACAAGCCCGGUCAGACGAUAAACAUACGCGUGGAAUUAACAGCAUCGCAUUUCGGAUUCUUCGAGUUCUCCCUGUGUCCCAACUUCAAGAACGCGACGCAAGAAUGUCUAGCGCGCAACAUUUUGCAACUCCUGAAGCCGCAGGAAAAUGUCGAGCACAUGUCGACGAGGUAUUUCCCAAAAGACGGAAACAAAGUGUACGAAAUGAAGUACAAACUGCCGAAACUCACUUGUCCGCACUGCCUUCUCCAAUGGAGAUACAUAGCAGGUAAUAACUGGGGUGACUGUGCGAACGGUACCGGAGCUGUUGGUUGCGGUCCGCAGGAGGAAUUCAGGGCAUGUGCCGAUGUCGCACUCGGAUCCAUGACUACUCCAGAUGAAGAAGUCGAGACCAACGAGAUACCGGAGGAGGUGGAACAAGAGGCCACUCAGAAACCGCAAGAACAACCAGAGUCUUCUUACUCCCCAAUAUCGUCCUUGGUCAUUGGGCUCGUGUCUUUUUUAGCAAUAUUUUUAGUUUUGUCCCUUCUAUUCUUUCACUAUUACAAUCUUGGUUCUAAACUCAAGAACUGGAUGCUGGCUCAUAAGUUUCCAGCCGAUAAACAGGAUGCCGAAAAGCCGCCACUGCCACCACCAAGGAACAAGAAACGACAACCUGAUGGCAUGUUCGAAGUCAGUUUGAACAAGCAAGAGAGUCUGGCCUGAUUAUAAACGCAAUAUAUAGUAUAUUUAUAAGUACCA